CCCUUGUAUGAGAUCAAAGAUGGCGAUUCUAGAGCCAACAUGACUGACUUGAAAAAACAUAAAACGAGCUUACUGAUGUAUUCCUGAAAGGUGGAGGGAUUUGAAGAAGGCACUCUCCAGCCAUGCACUUGAGAGGUGUAUGUCUCUUGUUACUGGCAGGUGUCAUUGUCACAUGGGCUGGACUGACACAGGAUUAUAAUCAGGUCUAUUACCUUGGUUUUGAUCGGUACAAUGGAGAACGCUUGUACGAUGAUUCAUCGCACAACAACAACGCGACUCUCAUGAAUGUUCAGUUGGAUAAAGAAGCAGGUAGCUGUGGCAAAUGUGCUAAGAUCUGCUGUGGUGGACAGAUUAUAAUAGACGGAUCAAAGUUCGUUGGAAUUCCUUACAUUGAAGUUACUAUUGCAAUGAUGGUACAAUUAAAGGAAACAUCCGGAACAAUAGAUCUUUUCGAGACUAUUGGAGGACCGCCCAGAUCUAAUCACGAGGAACCCCAAUAUGAUCUACAAGUUGAAAAUGCCAGGGUACGCUGGUUUCACCGAAAUGAAAAUGGUUCCACCGUGUUCAGUAUCAUAACAGACGGUCCUGUGUUAUCCAAUGGAAAAUGGUAUCAUUUAGCCGCAAUGUAUGACGGCCUUCGGGGCAUUGCUAAGAUUUAUAUCGAUGGAAAACUUUCAAAACAGGAAACUGCUGACCCCGGUGUAUUCCUGUCGCGAGACUGGUCUAAAUAUGCGGGGAUCGGCUUAUAUGGCGGAAAAGGUCGUUUAGAGGGCUACGUAGACGAGUUUUACAUUUACAACAGGACUCUAGCGGAACCUGAGCUAAAAACGCUUAUUAAAAAGUGCCAAGGGCCCCAAAGCACCAUGGUGUUACAUCUGAGCUUUGACAGGAAAACCGGUGAUACGUUUCUGGAUGAAUCAGGACUUAUGAACCACGCAAAGGUUGGUGGGCCGCCUCUGCAACCAGGCCAACCAAAACCUGCUCCUCCUCCACCUGCAAAAGGAAGCUGUGGAAACGGAGUACAACUAAAUGCUGGACAAGCGGAUGUCAAACUGGACGGGAAAACGUUCCGGAACAAACCAAUUGACAGUGUAACCAUAGCAAUGUGGUUAAAUGCUACUUCGGUUAAGGGAAAACAUUACUUGUUUGACACGAUUGGUGGCCAUUCAGCGCACAAACACGACCAGUAUCUUCUGAUGAUGGAGAACGGGGCCAUCGGCUGGAGUCAUAACGACCAAAAUGAUAAACAACUCUUCAAAGUUGUCACUGAUCCUAUAGUAACGGAGAAACAAUGGAUGCAUAUCGCAGUAACAUACAAUGAGCAGAGUGGCCAGGCUAAGGUGUUUAUUAACGGCAACCUCAACAAGCAAGGGCCUGCAUCAGGGAGAUUGUCAGAAGACUGGGACAGCUAUGCAGCAUUUGGCAAACAUGAAGGAACUGUCACAGAUGUCGACACUCUGGACGAAAUAUACAUGUACAACAGGGAGUUGACUCCGUUUGAAGUGAAAACGCUCUAUGAUAACUGCAAUUUUGGGUUAGCCAAAACACCGAGCACUGGUCAAGUGUUCUACUUUGGAUUUGACCGCGUGUCAGGCAGUGAUGUGUUUGAUGACUCCGGUAGCCUGAAUGACGGUAAAUUAACUAGUCUUGCUACCGUGACAAAGACCAGUGGAACUUGCGGGAAUGGACUUCAACUACGUGGAGGCAAUAUUUUGAUUGACGGACAACGAAUACAGAGAAAACCGCUGUUCAGUGUGACAGUGGCGCUAUGGCUCAAGUUGAAUACCAACCGCGGUCAACAGUCUGUCUUCAGCACCUGCAAUCCCGAUAACCCGUGGAACACACAUCAGCAGUAUUCGCUAACGAUCAAAGACGGAAGAGUCAGAUGGUUUCACCGUAAUGAAAAAUCCCAGACUGUUUUCAGCGCCGAGACAAACUCUCCACUUGUACCAGCUGGAACAUGGACUCAUAUCAGCUGCACUUACACCGCAACUGGCGGGAAAUCUGAGAUAUAUGUGAAUGGGGUGUUAAAAAAACAAGAGCUCACUGGCAGUGGAAUUCUUUCUCAGGAUUGGAAUGGAAAGACUAGCAUCGGAAAAGAGUACGAAAAAGGGGCUGAUGGAAAAUGGAUUGAGCAAAACAAUCUGAACGGCAUCAUCGACGAGUUCUAUUUAUUUGAGCGCGACUUGAAACAAAAUGAAAUAACACUUCUUGCUCAGACCUGCAAUUACCACAGAAUAGUACUACAUUAUGGCUUUGAUUUGUUUGCGGGUAAAACAGUGUAUGACCAGUCUGGGCUUGCAAACAAUGGCAUGGCUAUAAAUGGUACAGCUGUCUCCAACAAUGGAACGUGCGGGAAGGCUGUGAAUAUGACCAUGGGACAGAUUAAAAUUCCCGGUGAUACUUUCAGAGAAAAACCCCAAAAAGCCAUAACCAUAUCAGUGUGGAUCAGUCUACAAACAAACAGGAAAGAGCACGAAAUAUUUAAUACAAUCGGAAGCCAUUCCGAUCACAAGCAUGACCAAUACCACUUCGCAGUGCAGGAUGGGAAGGUAAUUUGGUAUCAUCACCAAGAAAACGACAAAGAAGUGUUCAAUGUCGUCACCCUUCCCUCCAUUCCUGCGCGCAACUGGACACACGUGGCAGUGACGUAUGACUCCACAGCCAUGCUGGCGAAAGUUUAUGUUAACGGAGUCAUGGUGAAACAAAAAUCUGCGAGCGGUGACCUGUCUCAAGAUUGGGGCCAUUUUGCCGGUAUCGGAAGACAUUUUUAUACAGGAUCUUAUUUAACAGGACUAGUUGAUGAAUUUGUCAUUUAUAAUUACGCUCUUAGUGACGUGGAAAUGAAGUAUCUUGCACAAGGGCGGUGCUCCAAAAAAUAAGAGCUCUGUCAACCUACUUACGUAUUAAAUAUAUUUUUUUAAUUUAAAAAUAAGGUAUAUCAAGACAGUUUCUUUAUGAAGUCCGUUUCUCUAAAAUAUUCUUUUUAUAUCUGCUGCGGUAUUUAGGUAAAUUUCACUCCCCAGUGUGUCAUGUAAGAGUUACUAAACUAAAAAUGAGCUUAUGUGGGUGAAAGAAGUGGUGUGCAUUUGAUGAUAAUUUGAUUUUAAGGGCGCUUUGUUAAAAAGUUCAAGUUUAGGAGUAGAUAAUUGCUUGUGAAAUCUCGGAUGCAUAGCUUGUUAUGAACAAACAAGAAAACAAAAGUAGCUCAAAUAUCUGUUUACUAUCAUUUUCUGUCAAUUUAUUUAAACUAAGACGUUUUAAGUAAGAACGAACAAAGGCCCCAGAGCCCAACGAUUGUGCUUCCUUCGCGUUUGUGAUCGUUUUCAAUUUUCCCUUUAACACCAUAGUCUUUGACAGCUUUAUUAAGUUGAACUUAGUAAUGACCAACUUUAAUCAGAACAAUCAGUUCGACAUGUGAACAACAUAAUGAUGGUAUCUGGAACAGGUGUCGGCUGCAAUGAGGGGAAAGAGGAGAAUUGUGGUCACUCCUCACGAUGGACCGAAAUAGGUAUUCUUCGCCUCUCAAUUGGAGGGUGAAUCAUUUUCAAAUGAUCGAACAACUGUGCAUCAAAUUCCAGCUUAGGAAGAAUCAAUAUCACAUUUAUUGCAAAGCAAGUUAUGUACAGUAUAGCUUUAUUCAUAAACUCUGUCAUGUGUGAACAAAAUAUAUUGCAGCAAAUAAAUAGAAAUAGAUAUUAAACUCACUUCAGUACUGCAGUUAUCCACGCCGCAGU